GUUUGAUGGUAAAGCGUAUGUGGUUGGAGUCGAAUGAGUAUGUGUUUACACAGGGCAUAUGGAGUUGAGCCCCUCACAGCAGAAAAAAAAAUAAUCAGUCGACCACCUUGAAAGCCAUCGCCGUCAUACUCUCGAUCGGCGACUCAACUUGAACUAAUCCCCAGCAGUCAUCAGCACUUCAAUCAACGAUCUAUUACCAUCCGAUGGACCACGACGCAAGACAGAGAUCCACAGACAUAAGCGAGAUCCAGAACCAAUCAGGAUCAAGGCAACGGAAGGACAACAAUAACGAGCCAGGCGGAGGAAAUCCUAGACCAACGGCUGGUGAAAAUCAACAUCAAGAGGACGAAGAGGAAGAGGAAGAAGAGGAGGAAGAAGAAGAAGAGGAGGAGGAGGAGGAAAUUGAGCAAGAGGAGCAGGAGAAUGUCGGUGGUCUUGCAGAGGAUCCCGCCGAACCCGACGAGAACCUUGUAGUCGAUGACAGCGCACAUGAGCAACUGAGUCCAGGAAGAGUGGCCCCACGAGACGAGCUAAAUUAUGAUACGGACACUUCUGCCUCUGUGACCGACUCCUUGACCUGGAUAUCCUGGUUUUGCUCUCUGGCCGGUCACGAAUACUUUGCCGAAGUCGCCGAGGACUUCAUCGAGGACGACUUCAACUUGACAGGUCUAACGACUUACGUUCCGUUCUAUAAAGAAGCAUUAGAGAUGAUCUUGGAUGUCGAACCUGAAGAUGACAGCGUCAAAGUACCCGAAGUUUCGCUCGUCGAAAGCUCAGCAGAAAUCCUCUACGGUAUGAUCCAUCAACGAUACAUCCUCACGCGGCAAGGAUUAUCUCAGAUGAAUGCCAAGUACGAAAGUGCCCAUUUUGGUUAUUGUCCCCGGGUGUACUGUCAGCCAUCGAAGGUAGUGCCGUGUGGCCGAUCGGAUGUCCCAGGAGACGGGGAGGUCGUUUUGUUCUGUCCGAACUGCAUGGACAUCUAUCACCCGCCGAGCAGCCGAUACCAUUGCAUUGACGGUGCCUACUUCGGCACCUCGUUCCCUCAUCUGCUCUUCCAAACCUAUCGCGAAAGUACCUCAAUCCUCGCCCCUUCGCCGACCGCCUCCCUCUCCUCCCCCGAGCCGCCUUGCGACCUCCAAUCCAAGUCCGGCUUCAUGUCCGACUCCGUCACCCCAUACAACUCCUCGCGGUCCAAGAUCUAUGGACCUAGGAUCUAUGGCUUCCGCGUCAGCGAACGUGCUCGCAGUGGUCCUCGAAUGCAAUGGCUCCGAAUUCGACCUCGGACCGAAGAACAACUCCGUCUGGGGUUAGAGUAUCGCGAACGAGAGCCAGUGGAAGAGGUUGAAGGCUCAUGACCAAGGUCAUCGAGCUACUCGCUGUUUUUUUUUUUGGGGGGGGGGGGGAUGGGCGGGGUGUAGGGUGUAUA